CCGUUGCGUAGAUAUGAAGCCAGAGCGGCUCGCGCGAGCCGCACCGAUACUUCAAGCUGUCACUGAGGUAAUGCGCGAGGCACGCAGGAGGCAUCCAACUUGCUGAUUGAGAUACUGUGACCAAAACGGGCGAAACACGGAGGGAGACGGACGACAAACUGUUUUCAGACAUUAUACUUUUUUUUUUUUUUUUUUUUUUUAGCGCUUGGACAUACCCGACACAUUUCGGCGUGCCUCCUGUUCUUUAUUAAGCCGACUUUCAACACUCAGGAAUGUAACAACGACACAACUACACCAGACUCCGUCAUUUAUCAGGGCAGCUGUCGCGCUUAAAUUCUUUUCGCAAACUUGUGAAAACUGUGAGGGGAAACUGGCACAUCGCCGCGCGCUGCUGCGUGCUCUCUGGAGAUUUAUAUUUAAAGCCUUUUGCUCCGCGGAGGCUCGCGCAUCUGGGUAACCUAGAUUUAAGCAUUCCAGUAUAUUUGUUUUGUAAGCGCUUGUUAAGGAUUCCGAACGUUAUUUUUUAUGCCUGAUUUGAACUUUAGAAUAUGUAAAAUGUUAAAAGCGAGUAAUUGUUACUCUAAUCAUUUAUGGAAGCACAACAUUGCGCAGCUUUUUCGUAUGGGAAAUUAAUCGAUCUGUGGCAACACGGCUUGUAUUUCUGCUUCGGUUCUAGUCGUUUUUGUUUGUUUUGUUUCAGUUUUUCCCCUCACGUUAUCUGUCGUCUAUAAAAAAAAAACAUUCUGAAGUUGAUCAUUUACCGAAAGAGCUGUAAAUUCUAGGUUUAUCCGAACCGUACAUUAUAAUUAAAUAUAUGGAGCCUAUCCGACAUUUUAUUAAUUCGAUGCCUGCCUUUUAAAUUAAGUUGCGCUUUUCCAUAAUUAUCCCAUAACCCAGAUGACGCUUUUUGCAAAUUUGACGCAAAGUAAUAAACCUCGACGAGAUGUGACAGAACAAUGGCUCACGGAAUCUUUAGCUCAGUGAACAAUGUAUUCAUUCGUUUCUACGUAAGAUCGUUUAUUUAAUUUCAGACGAACAUAUUUUACUACGUUAUAUUACAAAAAAAGAGAGACUAUUCAAUUUAUUCUGGCCACAUUCGGAUUACUAAUAGAGACGAUUAGUCCACGUGCUUCAACCUCAGUUGCCGCGCUUUGGCAGUCAUGGCAAGCGCGUGCUCUACCGGCACGGGUCUGCAUGGCCACAACAUCAACGGCACCGGAGGCACGUCUUCACCGACUUGUAACCAGAGCAUGAUAAAACUCCCUCCGUACACUCCAGAAGCCACAGCAGCCUUUGCAACGGCCAUCACGUUGAUGAUUCUUAUCACAAUAGUUGGCAAUAUCCUGGUCAUCAUUGCUGUUUUAACCAGCCGCUCACUGCGAGGACCCCAGAACCUCUUCUUGGUGUCCCUCGCGGCUGCGGACAUUCUGGUAGCCACGCUCAUCAUCCCAUUUUCACUGGCCAAUGAACUAAUGGGCUACUGGUAUUUCCGGUCCGUGUGGUGUGAGAUCUACCUGGCGCUGGACGUGUUGUUCUGCACUUCUUCCAUAGUACACUUGUGCGCCAUCAGCCUAGACCGAUACAUGUCCAUCUCGCGCGCCGUCACGUACGGCGCACAGCGGACGCCCAAACGCAUCAAAUGUGCCAUUUUGGUGGUGUGGCUGAUCUCGGCAGUCAUCUCCUUUCCACCGCUGCUCUCCAUGAACAAGAACAAAGGUGGCGCCGAUUCGGGUGGGCUGCCACAGUGUGAGCUCAACAACGAGCGCUGGUACAUCCUGUACUCCACUAUCGGUUCCUUCUUUGCUCCUUGUCUGAUUAUGAUCUUGGUUUACAUGCGGAUCUACCAGAUCGCCAAGCAGCGCACGCGGUGUCCUCCAGGGGAGCCCCGCAAAGAGGUCCCGGCCAAUGCCGCAAACCCACAGCACAAGGUCCACACGGAGGGUCUACAAAACGGAAGAGGCGACGAAACGCCCUCAAUCUUGCAGAAAAAACCCAGGCCUCCAACUCUGGCCGUGUCCCAAGUGGAGUCCGCCCAGCAGGCGGCGAGCCCCCCAAUCUCCAACAAACACCUGCAAGCCCCUUCAACGGCCCUGACACCGACCACCCCGUGCCCCUCACCGUCUCCCUCAAAUUUGUCCGAAAUGGCUCCUAAUAAAGCCAAAGGGGGGAAAAAGGCGAAGAAGGCCAUGAAACUGCCCGACAAUAAUAACGGAGAGAGCAUGAGCUCAGACUCGGACACAGAGCAAGGUGGAAGGGGGCUGGAGGUCCCGUGCACCCCAGGCGUGACGCCCAGCGGCAUCCAUUCUCCGGCCACCAUCCAGAAAUACAGAGACAUGAUUGCCACCGCCAAAGGUGCCAAGCUAGUGACCCGGAAGACGAAGCAAGAAGGAACGCCCAACUCCGCACGCCGCAAAGCCAUGGUGAACCGAGAGAAGCGCUUCACCUUCGUGCUGGCGGUGGUGAUUGGCGUCUUUGUCAUCUGCUGGUUCCCUUUCUUCUUCUCGUACAGCCUACAGGCUGUGUGCCCGGAAACCUGCACCCUGCCCGAGCCGCUCUUCAAGUUCUUCUUUUGGAUCGGCUACUGCAACAGCUGCCUAAACCCGGUCAUCUACACCAUCUUCAACAAAGACUUCCGCAGAGCCUUCAAAAAGAUCCUCUGCAAGAACACCAAAGGCACAUUCUUCUGAAGCUCCUGAGGUGGAUCCUCUCCCCUUAUUCAGAACACAGACUAAAAGAAGCACAAUAACAGUGCUGUUGCGAAGUAAACGAAGGGCUUUUUGUGCUGCCCGGUGCACUGAGGACACCAUGCUACUCAAAUGACUCCAGGUUACUGGAUUCCUGGUAUUUGUGUUAUAAAAUGGGGCUAAUCCAAAAAUAUUCACAGACUUUGACAAAUCAAGGCUGAACACAAAAGAACUUACUGGGACUAUCGCACACCUGCAAGGACAACGACAUGGAGGUCGGUUACAAAGGUUAUUGUAUCUUUUCUGUUUUCUGUUAUCUCGCCUUUCUACGAACACCAGAGCUUGGAGAUACUGCAAGCGCGGAUUUCUCUAAGGAUUUCAGAGGUACACCAUUCAGAAUCUUUACGUACAGCUUUUCCAUGCUGACUGGUCUACCAAUGCCUACACAGCAUUACUUCUGAGGAACAAAGACGUGAAAUGCUCCUGUGGAAAUCCUUGCCAGGGGCGAUGUGUAUGAAACGAGCUGACGCAAGUCUCUCCGAUCGAACCUUAAGGCUUCUAGUUACAGAUCCCCCUCCAGUGUAAGACCACUGAGGAGUUUUUCUGCCAUGCUGUGAGGCAGAAAGGCUCUGUGAAUACAGAACACCUGUCACGGAUGGAAGCCUUUCUGUCUCUUUGCAUCUUGGACUGGUUGCCAGCAGGCUUUAAGAUGGCAAAAUGUUUAUUACGAGAACUUAAUAUGUGUAUUCGUAUCAAAAGUCAUUUUCAUUUUUAAAAUGAUAAGACUCUUCGUGUCGUCCAAAAUGACUUGAGACUUUUUGGUGACUGCAUCAUAUGACACCUCCUGAGGUGCUCUUUCUGACUUGGUUCAGCACUUUUCUUUGUAUAAAAAGAACAAACGAUCAUUUGUUGGUGUACACUGAUCUACUGCACCCUAAAUGUCUGAGCAUUCAGCAGGGUGAUACUUUGGGACUAAGGGCUGAUAGCAGUGAUGCUUUCUUUUUCUUUGGUCAUUGUCUUUUUGCUAAUGAUCCUUGCGCGUGUGUGUGUGUGUGUGUGUGUGUGUGUGUGUGUGUGUGUGUGCGAGCAAUUGUUGCGAAUGUUAUGUCUGACUGCAGUGUAUGUUUGAAAGUGGAUGCUGUGUGCGAGAGGGUGUUCGAAUGCUGUUGUGUGGAGGUUUUUUUUUUGUGUGUGUGUGUGUGUGUGUGUGUGUGUGAGUUCACAUCCCUCCCCUGAUUCCACUGGCACCAGUUCAACUAUAUAUGUAUGUGCUUGAUAAAUGUGGCUGGUUUGCCAUAUCUGCCAGUGCUUAUGAUUCAGCUACUUCUCGUGCCAAUGCUUUUCCAUGUUUUGCUGCUAAACUCUUUUAAUAUCUUCUUAAACCAGAGUUUAUUUCGAAAGAAUCUUUUUAUUGCAGGUUAUUUUGAACGAAUCAUUUUGGAGACAUUUAAGAAUUGAGUCGAAUCUAUAAGACGAGAGCUGUAAAUUAUUAUUAUGUGAAUGAAUUUUUAUUUAUUUAUCCUGCUAUUUCCUAUCGUUUCCCCCCCUCUAUUUUUUUCCCCCCCGAGGUGAAAACAAACACGAGGAGUUCAGUUUUAGCUACGACAUGAUUAAAAAUCCUUCUACUGUACUUUAAGGAAUUUUUUUUUUGUAUGCGUCAGGACAUUGCAUUUGGGCUGCAUUCUCAAAAGCUUUGCAAUUGAUGGGAUCCUGGUAACUGUAUCCAUUUUGCCUCCUGGACUCCUCUUUCUUCAGUGUAAUGCUGUCGGUUUUCCACCGCUCUUGAAAAAUAAAACCGCUGAGCUGUG